UGAGGGUCAGCCUGUAAACUGAGGCUCUCUUCUUUGACUUCCAUGGAACACCUUCGUACGAAUGUCAGGUGAUCUUCUGCCCUGAGAGUCAAAUCAGUCAUUUGGGUUCUGAAAGCGCCUUGAGGUUUUUUUUGUUUUUAUUGAACGUGUCAGAAUAAACAUCUGCUGUCUUAAAUGCAAAUGGUUUUACAUCAGAAUUUUGCAUGUUUCUGCUAAAAGCCAGAGAUGUUAAAUAUCUGCAGUCACAGCCUCAGGGAGCAAAACAGAGAACAAACAAUGGAGAACCUUCUUCUGUUCAUCAUUUCUGCAUCAGCUCUGUGUGCUGCCGACCCACUCCCUAAAAUUACAUACCACCUCAUUUAUGACAUGAAAACAUGGAGCGAAGCUCAGAGCUUCUGCAGAGCGAACUUUACCGACAUGAUGAUCGUGGACAGCCUCGACGACGUGAAGAUCCUGAUGGACACGGUCGACUCCAACAAACUACUCAACUUGACAAACAGCUCAGUUGCCUGGAUCGGUAUGUACAACGAUUUGGGCAGCUGGAGUUGGUCGUUGGAGGACAAAAACUUCUACCAACCAGGAGAGGCCGACUUCAGAAACUGGAAUACCGGAGAACCAAACUUCCACCUGGGCAAAGUGCAGUGUGUUGAAAUGUCCAGUUCUGGUUUGUGGAAUGAUGCACCUUGUGAGUGGAGCUUCAAACCGAUCUGCUCCAGUGUCACAGGAACAAGUGCCACAUUUCACUACGUCAACACGUCCAUGUCGUGGCCUGACGCUCAGACCUACUGCAGAACUCAUUUCACCGAUCUGGCCAGCAUCAGAAACCAGGCAGAGAACCUGAACAUGGUGAAUACCAAAAUCCUUGGAGAAGACGUCUGGUUCGGUCUUUACAGAGGAGCGUGGAGACUGACUAAUGGGAGCCUGCCCACAUUGAAGUACUGGCGAGACGGACAACCCAAUAGCCACGAUGAAGACUGUGCAGUGGCAAACUUUGACGACCAGGGAAAGUGGGAGGACUGGAGCUGUUCUGACAGCAGAGCAUCGGUUUGCUACCACAUUGUUCAAAAUUCCCAUAAAGUAGUUCGUCUGAAACUGCAGAGAAACUCUGUGAACCUGAAUGACCCCGUGGUUCUGGAGCAGCUGCUGACUCAGCUGAAACAGAAGCUGAGGGGAAACGGACAACAAGGACUGUUGAACGUGAACUGGAGGAAGAAGUCAGACGGACUCGUCUUCCACGAGUUCAAGACGCCAACUGGGGAAGAAGCAGAAUAAAAAGACAGAUUGUCACCAUAAAACCGUUAUUCUGCCAAAGGCUUUGACAAAUAACAGUUUUUUCUGUAUUUCUUUCACAUUUCUUCCCAAAUGUUAUCUUCCUAUUAAAUGUAUACAUAGAUUACUAGCUAAUAUUAAGCCAAAUGUAGGGAAAAGAAAAAAAAUAAAAUGAAAAAAGUUGUGUGGAAAAACAAACAAUUUUUCUUAAUAUUUAGUCAUUUUUGGCUGAAGUGCUUUUUUUCUUCCAUAUUUAGUCUGCAUAUUCUACACAAUUAUAUGGAAAAAAAAACUUUGAUAGAAAACUUAACUUGGGCAUUUAAAGGCAAACAUAGAUCAAGUUCUGACUUUUUUUUUUUUUGGAAACUUUAGCCUUAAUGUCUAUUAGGGCUUGAAAAUAUAUUUGAAACUCAGUAAUAAAGCUUACUUUUUAACAUAAUUUACUUUGUCUUUUUAGCUGUAGCUUGACAACAUUUUUGAAUUUUUUUUUUUUCUUUUAAAAUCUUCUUAAAAUAGGUUUGCAAACAAUUAGUGACUAUUUUUCUUUCGUGAAAAUAUUUUAAACUACUAAAAAAAAAAGGUCAAUAAUUUCUAUGUUUGUUGUUAUCUAUUUAAUUAGAUAUUGGGUUUAAAUUGUUGUUUUAUUCGGGAUAACCUUUUCAUUUUCCAGAAUUUCUGACUGGAAACCUGGAAGCAGGAAUUUCUCAAAAAUAAGAUGCAUUG